AUGGAAAAUGUUGAUGAACAGUUACGUCCAAAAGCGAGUGUUGCUAGGAGCUAUCGAAAGAUAUUUCUUAUUCGUAGCAUACUUUGGAACGCCGUGGUGAGAACUUCGGGAUUAAUAGGCCAAUUGGCUCCGGAGAUUGCAUUUGCUACCAAAUUUACUCCUGGAUUUUCGCUUGUUAAUGCUCGCAAUAACAAUUGA